AUGUUUGACAGGCUUUUGAAAAUCAAAGAGCCUUUGCAAAGAACUCUCGCCAUCCUCAGUGUGGAUUCACAAACAAAACUGUCCAAUGAAGACUGGUCAGUUAUUGAAAAAUCUUGUGAACAAGUCACAACAGAAAUUGACAGUGAAAGAAAUGUAACCUUGUCAAAAGUUAUCUUAUUAAGCAAAGGUUUACAAAGUCAUUGUCUGAGACUGAAAAACUCAGAUCACAGCAAUGUAGCAACUAAUACAGUAACUGCUAAACUUGAGGACGGAAUCUGUACCCGCCUCGUUCAAAAGUUUGCAGAUAAAGCAAUUGCUUGUGAAGCAACAUUAUUAGACCCUCGCCUCAGGGAGCAUGGUUUUCCAAAAACUGGGCAUCGAUUGAAAGAAAAGAUUGCCAUAAUUAACAAGUGCUGUGGAAUACCACAGAAACCCACUCGGUGUUCUACAGAAAAUCCACCACCAGCAAAACCAGUUGUGGUGAGCACAUUCACCUCUAGCAAUGGCAACAUUUGGCAAGAUUUUGACCAAUCUGUAGGUGGCUUGAUCCAAAGUGUAGACAAUCCACGUGCUUCAAGAAUAGUCGGGCUUGAUAAAUAUAUGAGGAAGCCACUGAUACACAUAUCACAAGAUCCAUUGCUCUGGUGGAAAGAAAAUCAUGUGUUGUUGCCUACACUGUUUGAAAUAAUGAAACGACGUCUUUGUGUUAUGGCCACCUCUGUUCCAUGUGAGGGCAUAUUUUCAAGGCGAGGGCAAACAAUAACAGACAGACGAUCCCGUCUUUCAAGAAAAAAAUAUCAAAAUUGA